CGAACUUUGGCUGAAGGCGGGGUCAGCGAGUACGCUGAAUCAUGACGUCACCGCUGUAGAAUCCAUGACGAUCACGUGCAGUGACAGGACGGACCAAAUCACCAGCAGUUACAAGGUGGACAUUUCGGACGCGGGUUCGACGUCAUGACGAUUGCCACGCUUGAUUACGACUCUGCUACGAGUUACACGAUCACCGUCACGUGUACUGACGCUAUCAACCCUGUGACGUCAUCAAGGACCAUCAACUUAGCCGAUGACAAACCCGUUUUCUCCGGACUUCCGGCUACGUUGUCGCCGGCACGUAACGACGGCUUUCAGACGGCGACGUUACUUUGCACUUUCAGCGUCACGGACGCCAACGACCAGAGUAUUAGCACGUGCUUGAUACAGGCGCCGAUGGACAGCUUCUUCAACCUGGUUCCCGGCACGGCGCCGACAUUUGCGAUCUUGGGUCAAAGCCAGCGUGACGUUGUACGCAGCGUCAUCACUCUCCUCGUAAACGUCCAGUGCGUUGACGACAGAUCGCCCGCGAAUACCAUUACCGAAACGUUCACUGUUCCCUUACUUGACGAGGUAUUGUGAAUUGUGUUAAUUCGUCGGCAAGAUAUUU